CUGCACCAGGACAGCGGCCUGGGCUACAAGGACUUGGACCUCAUCUUCUGCGCCGACCUCAAAGGGGAAGCCGAGUUUCAGACUGUGAAGGACGUGGUCUUGGACUGCCUCUUGGAUUUCUUACCCGAGGGGGUGAACAAGGAGAAGAUCACGCCGCUCACCCUCAAGGAGGCUUAUGUGCAGAAAAUGGUAAAAGUCUGCAAUGAUUCAGACCGAUGGAGUCUCAUCUCCCUGUCCAACAACAGCGGCAAAAACGUGGAGCUGAAAUUUGUGGACUCUCUGAGGCGGCAGUUUGAAUUCAGUGUCGAUUCCUUCCAAAUCAAGCUGGACUCCCUGCUGCUUUUUUAUGAGUGCUCAGAGAAUCCAAUGACUGAAACUUUUCACCCGACUAUCAUUGGUGAGAGCGUCUAUGGGGAUUUCCAGGAAGCCUUUGAUCACCUCUGCAACAAGAUAAUCGCCACCAGAAACCCAGAAGAAAUCAGAGGAGGUGGUCUUCUGAAGUACUGCAACCUUUUGGUAAGGGGCUUUAGGGCUGCCUCUGAAUCCGAGAUUAAGUCCCUGCAGAGAUACAUGUGUUCGAGGUUUUUCAUUGACUUCUCAGACAUUGGAGAACAGCAGAGAAAGCUGGAGUCCUACUUGCAGAACCACUUUGUGGGAUUAGAGGACCGCAAGUAUGACUAUCUCAUGACCCUUCACGGUGUGGUGAAUGAGAGCACAGUGUGCCUGAUGGGACAUGAGAGGAGACAGACUCUGAAUCUGAUCACCAUGCUGGCCAUCCGGGUCCUAGCCGAGCAAAAUAUCAUCCCCAAUGUGGCCAAUGUCACCUGCUAUUACCAGCCAGCCCCAUACGUAGCAGAUGCCAACUUCAGCAAUUACUAUAUUGCGCAGGUUCAGACGGUGUUCCCGUGCCAGCAGCACACAUACUCUACUUGGCUGCCCUGUAAUUAAGGACCGAAAUUAGUAGACCCUGUGGGGAGAAUGUUUUCUAAGACGUAGGAAGGGGCGAUGCGUCCCUCUGAAAUGGGGUGUUUUGUGCAAUGAUGAUCUGCUCUAGUUUUCAAGCUUGGGAAAAGCUUGUGGUUCUUCUAAUAAAUAACAGGAGCAUGAUCGAGAAAGAACCCCAAAAUAAUUGGAUCCUACCCCAGAGCACAAGAGGCCUGUCAUUAAAAGCAACCAGCUUCCCCUGAAAUAAGUGAGGGAGGAAUGCUUGAUGACAAUAUGGGUUGGCAGUAUCUGCUCCCAUAGCUUUGGCAUAGAGAAGGUGGGAAAGCCUUAUUUUCUUUUAUUUUUAUUCUUACUCUAGAAUGGGAUCUGCAAAAGGGAGAAUAUGAAAGAAACAAAACAAA